CUUGAUACUGAGCGAGAUGCAGAGCUCCAUGGUUCCACUGAACGCUCCUCUGGAUGCUGGCAGAGGAGCAGGGACAGUCGUGGUGGUAAUGCCGGACCAUCCACCCGAUUAUAUAGUGUGGUCCAUGGCCAGCAUCGUCUACGGAAACCCGUGCUGUCUGGGCCUGAUCGCCUUUUAUUACUCCAUCAAGUCCAGAAACCGGAAGAUGGUGGGGGACAUGACUGGGGCAAUGUUUUACGCUUCCAAGGCGCAAUCCUUCAAUCGCUGGGCGUUGACAUUUAUCAUUAUCCCUAUCAUACUCCUCAUAGUGUUGAUGGUGGUGGUGAAUGCCCAACUGUUGAGUUCCAGAAGAUACUAUAGCUAAAAGUUUUAAUUUCACUGCAAGUUAUAUACUGUAUAUAACCGUGCAUGUGACAAAUAAAAAUCUUGAAUCUUGAAAACUCUCUCUCAAGUGAUAAAAAAAAAACAUAGAAAGCAACAUUAUCUCUUAGAAAAAUUAUUUGUUGUUGAAGUCCAUCUGAGGAACACAAAAUACUUUGUGAAUCAUGUAUUUGUGAAAUGAGUAAUAAAAUAUUCUCAU